AUGGGCUCCGACACGUUCGAGCUUGCGGGGAGGCAGUUUCCGCGGGUGACCUGGUGGAAGAAUCCAGGCAUGCGAAAGACCUAUAUCUGCCUCAUGUUUGUUGUCUUGACCUCGGCUACAAAUGGAUACGACGGCUCAAUGAUGAACGGCUUGCAGACCUUGAAACCGUGGCAAGAGUACUUCAAUCACCCCAGCGGAUCGCUUCUGGGAAUCCUGAACGCCAUCAUGUCCCUGGGGUCCAUUGCAGCCCUUCCCGUUGUACCGUAUGCUGCUGAUCUACUGGGUCGUCGGAUGGGAAUAUUGAUUGGAUGCGCGGUUAUGCUCCUAGGAGUUGUCCUGGGGAGCAUCAGUAUCAACUUCGGAAUGCUUCUAGCAAGUCGCUUCUUUAUCGGGUUCGGCGUCGCCAUCGCCCAUGGGGCGUCUCCUUUGUUGGUUACAGAGCUGGUCCACACUCAGCACCGUGCGGUGUUCACUACCAUUUACAACACAACGUGGUACCUGGGUGCCAUUGUCGCCGCAUGGCUCACCUUUGGCACGAAUAACAUCCAAAACAACUGGUCGUGGAGAACGCCGACCAUUGUGCAGGCUGCGCCCUCUGUGCUACAGGUAUUCUUCGUCUGGUUCGUCCCAGAGUCUCCGCGCUUCCUUAUGUACAAGGGGAAACCCGAGGCGGCCCUCAAGGUCCUGGCUGACUGCCACGCAAACGGCGACCAACACGACGAGGUGAUUCAACUGCAAAUGCAGGAGAUCCAGGAGACACUUCGGCUAGAGAAAGAGUUUGAGAGCAAUUCCUGGCUGGAGCUGUUCCGAACCAAGGGCAAUCGCCAUCGCAUGAUUAUUUUAAUCUCCGCCGGCUUCUUCUCGCAGUGGUCUGGCAACGGGCUGGUCUCGUACUAUAUCGUCAAGAUCCUGACGAACAUUGGCUACACCGACCCGGUCGAGCAGAACUUGAUCAACGGCUGCCUCCAGAUCAUGAAUUUCAUUGUCGCCUUUGCAAUGUGUUUCUUCGUGGAGAAGAUCGGGCGGCGCAAGCUCUUCCUGAUCUCGACCGCUGGCAUGCUGGUGGCGUUUAUUGUGUGGACGAUCUGCUCUGCUCGAUACGACACGCAGCACAACACGGCGGCCGCAAACGCCGUCAUCGCUAUGAUCUACCUCUACUAUCUCUUCUACAACAUUGCCUGGUCCGGCCUGCUCGUUAGUUACACGGUGGAGAUCUUGCCCUACACUCUUCGCGCCAAGGGCAUGACUGUGAUGUGGUUCUGCAUUGACGCUGCUCUGGCCUUUAACCAAUACGUCAAUCCUGUUGCAAUCGACAGCCUCGGCUGGAAAUACUAUAUCUUCUACUGUGUAUGGCUUGGUGUGGAGCUCACCGUCGUAUGGUUCUACUACAUCGAGACGCGCAACACCCCGCUCGAGGAGAUUGCGAAGUAUUUCGACGGCGACAAUGCAAUGGUUGGGGGUGCAGCAGGCACGGAGAAAGCACGGGAGCUAUCUUCCGCGAUCCACGUUGAGGAGACUGUCGUGGAGACCAACGUACAGAAAGCAUGA